ACAACGAACAAAUUAUGUUAAAUGACGUCAUAUGCGAUGUAGCUUGAAAACGUCGUCUGAUAAUUAUAAUGAAUCAAUAACUGACUCGACUAAAAGACCAAUAUGGGCUUCUGGUUCGACCUUGCAGAAAGGAUACAGGAAGCUAUCCGAAUAAAACAGUUGUUGUCGCGUCUUUCAAGAGCUAAGGAGAAUGCCUUAAGAGAGUUGAUGGGGUUACCGCCAAAAACAUCGUGGUGGGACGAGUGCACUACAAACAUCAUGACGUUUUUCAGAGAUAAAAUAUGUCAAACGAUGUUUCCGUGUUGUAUAUAUGAUGUCAACAGACGUAAGAAACGUCCAUCAUGCUGGACAAGUCCGACAUUCAGGGAAUUUCUAGGUUUUCUCGGAGGUAUUAUAUUAACAAUGAUAUCGUAUCUGAUGAUGGUUUACCAGAUGGAAAUGCCACCAGUUGCUGCAUUCCCUCUGUGUGCAAUAGGAGGACUUGCUAUCACACUUACAAUGGCUUUCUCGUCGAAUAUCCGAUGUCUCGUACUUCUGAUGUUACCCCAGUUCUUCUCUAGUAAAGGAAGAAUGCUACUGUUGACAUAUGCUAUGAUUUUGGCUAUGAGUCACCCAUUAAACAACGUCAAGGUCAAUAUUGGAGUGAUGGCACAGAGCGCCACGUGUGGACAAGAGAAAGCCCUAAAUGAAACAAAAGCUUUAGUCAAAUCAGCUGUUGCUCCGAUGCAAAGUAUAAUGGACAGCAUAAAAGAUGUUUUAUCCAAAUUGGUAGAUUUUUCUAAUAUGAUGAAAAAAACAUAUUCAACGCUCAGACAGACUGUGAUGGAAAUAGGGUCCACGAUUAAACGAGUUGGUCGAUGGUUGGCGUCAAUUGUAGAUAGAUGCAAUGAUAAGAUGGGAGCCCCGUACAAAAAGUGCAAAAAGGUUUUUGAGGACGCCGUCAAUGAUUGCAAAUCCAAAUUAAGCUUUUUGGGGGGUGUGUGUGAUAUAGCAGAUGGUUUCGGUAUUUUGUGCAAUAUUGUGAGAGUUGGGGAGCUUCUUUGUCAUGUGGUCAAGUUCAUCAAAGACUUGAUAGAAAAUGCUGUGGAUCUACCUACUCAGAAAAUUCUUAGUUCAGCAAAGGAAAUGUUUUACUUCAACGUAUCAAUCAAAUAUAGUUUUAACUACACUAUGACUCAGUCCAAGAAAUAUUCUCAAAUCAAAGAGGACAUAAGCAAAGACAUAAUGUCUUACUUAGACAAUAUCAUCCUUAUAGUACGUGUCUUUCGAAAUGCAAUGGUCAUCACUGCUACCUUUAUUCUUAUAAAGGCUUUGAUUUACCGCAGCAAAUGGCUGUCUAACGAUCGUUAUGACAACAUCUACAUCACGUUUACGGUUCGAGACUUAGACGAGAGAAGAUACCAGAAAAGUAAACCAGGAAUAAUGCCUCUUAAUUUCGAUGAGAGGAACAAAUAUGUUGAGAGUGUUUCCGGGGCCAUGGUUCUAAAGGAGAAAAAGAAGCUGGCUUUUGGGAUAGUGAUGUAUAUGUUUAGUUUCUUAAACACAGCAUUCUAUCUGCUCUGUGACUUUGGACUGUACUCAGCGUUACACCUCGUAGAAACACAUUUUAGUGUUGUCUCUCGUCCACCAAUGCCAGCGCAUACGAAGUUGCAUGUAGCAGGGACCGGACCGAUGGCUGACAUGUACCGUUCGGUGGUCGGAAUGUUCGAUCCCAUAUCCGACACCUCAAAAUCCAAGACGGAUGUCACACCAUGCGUUCCACACCCCUCAGAACCGGAUUGGGAUUUGUAUAGACUGAUUGCUUUUAUAUACUUCGCAUGUCUUAUUCUAACAAUAACUGAGGCCUAUGGACUAAGACUACGUCAUCUGAUAAUGGGGUGCUACUUUCCACAGCGAGAACGUAAACGUGCAAUUUGGUUAUUUAAUCACAUUCUGAAAACGCGCGGAGGAAUACUAGCAAAUGCCAGAGACAAUAUGAAGAAAAACAAAAAAGGUGGAGUAUAUGCUAAACAUAUCAGUUUGAAAGGACGUCUUGCAGCAAGUUUUCCCAUCGUUGAGAAGAUAUUAAAAUGUUUUGGAUGGGAGGUUAAAUCUUGUCUCUACUGUGGAAAAGAAGGAAAACCUGCAGAUUACGUGAACUUCGUCCAUUGUUCUUUCUUUGACUGUGAUGCGGUAUACUGUAUCGCAUGCUACGCAGACCUGGAAAACAUUUGUGCCGUGUGUGAAAAUGCAGUGGAGAUGAAAGGAUCCGAUGGAAGCGAAGAAGAAGAUUCAAGUAAAGAUGAGUAUCAGGAUCUAAAGAAUAAAACUCAGAAACUGGUAAGACAGAAGAAAAUAGAAAAAGCCGAACGUGAAAGAGCAGAAAGGCGGGAAAAUAUGCGCGCCCAAUUCUUAAACUUCGGAAGUAAAGAGGAUCUUGAAGGUAUUCAAAGUAACCUUAAUCUGAACUGUACUAGUGCUGUUGAGAUUUGGACACAUUUACGUAAAAGGCGCAACAAAGGUCGAUCAGAAUCUAUAUAUUUGGGGAGAAAUAAUAAUAACAAAAACAAUAACACUAAUGUUGACUGUGAGGCUGCCAAAACAAUUACACGACAGACGGCUCGUGAUAGAACAGCAGAAAGUUGUAGACCUGUGAAGGGAUUACAGCUUUCAGAUAAGAAAGUUGGUCGAAAUCUCUCUAAACGCAACUGUUCGGACUCUUCGAAGAAAUGGAAAGGAUUGUUCUAUACCACCGAUGAAAGUGAUGAAGAAAUUUCUUCAGGUUCGUCUAUAGACACGGAGGAUCUUGAUUUUGACUAUCAGUAUCGUGAGUCCAGUUUAUACAGCACUCUUGGGAAUAAAAAUGAUUUAUUUGAAUAUGAAACCGUCAGGAAAAGGCGCAGACGACGGAAACUAGAUCUUGUUUCGGAUGAUAUAUUUUCGGAUACCUCCAGUGAAAGUGAACAUGAAAGCGUUGACUCGUCAUCCCCGGAAGCAAAUUUUCUUGAGCCCAUUUCAGUAUAUAUAAGCAGGGAAUGAACGUUGAAAAUACUGACUUGUCAGUUUUUAAAAUACUAUACAUGUAUAGUUACGAUAACUGAAUAAAUUAUAUUUAACUGCUUACAUUUUACACACAAAAUGUUUUCUUCAGAUUUAGAAACAAUUGUUGCAAUUUGUUAUCUGCUUGAAUUUCAUGCAAAAUAUCAUCUAUUAUAACAAGUAAAUCAAUUUUAGGAUAAGUGUAUGCACAGGAAAACAACCUUAUAUGGAUCACCAAAUUGUGUUUCGGUAAGUUUCUGGGUUACGAGAUUUCUAUUACGAUAUUUUUGCUAAUUAUGAACUUCUAGUAUUUUUAAACAAUAAAAACGAAAUAUUGUUCUACCUUUC